AUGCAAGACUGCAAACCUGUUGCAACUCCCCUUGAGCUAGGAACCAAGUUGUUGAAUAAUGAAGGAGAGCCAAUGAACAUAACCAAAUAUCAAGCAUUAAUUGGUGCAUUAACGUAUGCAGUUACAGCGACAAGACCAGACCUGCCACAAGAACUUUCAACAGUUAAUCAGUUCUGUGCUAACCCUAGCCAAAGCCAUUGGAAUGCUGCCAAACGUAUUUUACGUUACAUUAAAGGUACGAUUAACCACGGCAUUUGCUUUCAUGGAAAAAAGGAAUCCGAAGUUAAAUUAAGUAGAUUUGUUGAUGCUGAUUGGGGAUGUGAUCCAAAUAAUCGAAAAUCACAUUCAGGAUACAUAUUCAUGAUUUGUGGUGGAUUGGUAAGUUGGACAAGCAAAAAGCAAAGCAUUGUAGCUCUCUCAUCUACUGAAGGUGAGUAUGUUGCAGCAUCACAAGCAUGUCAAGAAGCAAUAUGGUUAAGAGGAUUACUACAUGAUUUAUGCUUCACUCAAAAGGAACCAACUAUAAAAGAGGAUAAUCAAGGAGCAAUAAGUUUGUCGAAUAAUCAGAAAUACCAUCCAAGAACGAAACACAUUGGCAUAAAAUAUCAUUUCAUUCGCGACAAUGUACUGAAGAAAGAAAUUGCUCUUGAGUAUUGUACGUCACAACAAAUGGUUGCUGAUAUGUUAACGAAACCAUUAGGAAAAACUGUAUUUCAACGAAUGAGAUCUAAUAUGGGAGUAACAAACAUUUAA